AUGAUGAUAGUUGUUACCUCUGAGGAAGCCUUUAAGGAGCUUCUGUCUCAUCACGAGAAGGUUGCUGUUGACUUCUCUGCCACCUGGUGCGGCUCGUGCGAAGAAGUCAGCCCAAAAUUUGAAGCUAUGUCCUUGGAGUACCCGGAGAUUGUGUUCUGCAACGUCGACAUUGAUCAACAGCCGCUUGUUUCCGAGAAGGCUGGCGUCCGCUCUGUGCCCACUUUCCAGGCGUAUUUGAAUGGUGAGAAGAAAGAUGAAUCACAAGGCGCUGACAUGGCCAAGCUUAAGAGGCUGGUGGAGGAGUUAAACAACGCCUGA